AUGCGCCACGCCCGCGACUACGAGGCGCUGGGCCUGCCGCUGGGCGCCUCCAAGGCCGACGCCAAGGCCGCCUUCCGCAAGCUGGCGCUCAAGUGGCACCCCGACAAGAACCCGGGUGGGUGGGAGGCUGAGGCCAAGUUCCAGGAGAUCAGCCAGGCGUAUGAGCGGCUGAUGACGACGGAUGAGGACCAGAAGGUGGAGCAGCUGGGCAUGUGA